CUCGAUGGGGUGUGGGGGGGCUCUAUAUAAGUAUGGCCUUGUUGGCUCCGCCCCCGAUGCCUUGCGCGACUGAGCUCCUCAUGGCAGUUGGUGUUGUUCAGGUAGUCAACACAUUAUCAAGCUGAUCCUGUUCGCUCUUUUCUAUCUCUCUUUCUUAUUAUUUUCUGCCGGCUUCUUUUUCCUAUUUCUAUUGCCUACCACAAGAGAUAUUUCCGUUCGUUCGCUCCCGUCGUUCUCUAUCUCCCUGAUCAACCAUGGUCCUGCUCUUCUCUCUUCUUUUCCUCAUCUUCCAUGCUCGGUCUGUCCUGUCCUCUUGUGCGCAUGGUACAUUUCUCCACCCUCGAGCCGCCGGCGGGAUCGGAGAGCUUCCAAACUUUGACUAUGGCCCCGUCCGUGGACCAACAAACUGGCAUUCCAUUUCCCGUGAGAACAUCCUCUGUGCGGUUGGGUUGCAGCAGUCUCCCAUCAACUUGAACGGCAGAAUUCCAAUCGAGCCUGUUGGAUUCGUUCGCUCGAGUAUCCCAAGACAAGAUAUUCUAUUCGAGAACUUGGGAACCACGGCUGAGGUCGUCUUAAAUGGCACAACGUUGGUUCGCGGGGCUGGCGAGUUUAGAUUGAAGCAGUUCCAUUUCCAUACACCUAGCGAGCACCGGAUCCUUGGGCAGCAUUUCCCGGUGGAGUUACAUCUGGUCCAUACUAGUGUUGCUAACCCAUCCCAAAUUGCCGUCAUUGCCCUUUUCUUCCAGCUCACCAGUCGCGGGGGCUUCAGUGACCUCGAGCGUAUCAUCACCCAUGUUCCACGCAUUUCCUCUCCCGGUCAGACAGUUGGUCUUCGCGGCUUCGAUUUCGGCAUCCUCUCUCGCACUAUUUCUUCUAUGCCAAUGUUCCGAUAUGUUGGAAGCUUGACCACCCCUCCGUGCACAGAGGGAGUGACGUUUUUAGUCGGCACGCAGCCGCUAUUCAUGAACGUCGAGAUCUUUAACCUACUCAAAGGAGUGACGCGAUUCAACUCUCGCUUCAUACAAGCCGAUAUUCCAGGCCGACAAAACGUCCUCCUUUCCGGACUUCAUAAUAUUGGUCUUACCAACCAGCAAUGCAGGCGGCUCGUGAGUGGGAGAGAGCUUAUCGGCAAACCCGGUCGCAGGAACGGCAACAACCGGGGAGGUCGUAAAGGCAAGAAUCGACAGAAAGAGGUUGUGAGCACGAUUGCGAGCGGCAACUCCACGCAGGUUGUUACCUCAACCGUGCAGCAGACUGUAACAUCCAGCAACCUGGUCACUGAGACGACACGGAAUGAUCAAGUUACAACUACGAUUAGUAGUGUAGUCGCUUCGCAAACCGCUAUGGAGGACUACCAGCGAGAUCGCGACGAUGACCGACGAGACGAUAGACGAGACGACGAUGACAGACGAGACGACGAUGACAGACGAGACGACGAUGACAGACGAGACGACGAUGACAGACGAGACGACGAUGAUAGACGAGACGACGAUCGUCAACGCCAGGAGCAGGACCAAGGCCGACAAACCGUUCAGACCACUGCCAACACCGCCACCGCCAGCGCUGCAUUCAUUCAACGCCGCAAUUAUAUGCCUUUUGGUCGACAAGCCUAAGAAUAUAAUCGCCCGGGUUAAGGAGAAUAUACAUGCGGUUUGACUGAUAUCCAGCCAACAAUGAAAAGCCAAAAAAAAAAAAAAAAAAAUUAAAGAAAUGAAAAAAUGAAAAAAAGGAUAGAAAUUCAAAAUAGAACUAGGAGAGCGAAUGACGAUGAAUGUCUGAGUUGUGUAUUUCUAGCGCGUUAAAGGACUUGUUUGCUGAGCAGCCCUAUGCUUUUUCAUCUGGGUUCUGCUGUCUUCUCUAUGUCUGCAUGGGAACACUGGAUCGGCGCGGUUAAUUGCUUGGCAGGAAGGUACGGAGUAAGCAACGGGACAAGGGAUAGCAUGUAGAUAUGUACAGUACAUAACUCGUAAGGGCAUUACUAUUUCAAAUAUUGUUUAAAAACAUA